UCUUUGAUUUUUAAUAGAAUGUUCAAAUAAAAACUUUGGCAGAUGAUGUGCAUUACAGACUAACAAGUUUUAGAAAAUCAACUGUAAAAAAAGAGAAACCUCUCAUUCAGCAUCCUAUUGAUUCUCAAGCCUCUAUGAGCGAAUUUCCAGUUGCCCAGCCAUUGUUUGAUGAUCGUUGUAUGAAUUUAUCAGAAAAAGAAGUUAUGGAUCUUUUUGAAAAAAUGAUGGAAGACAUGAACUUAAAUGAAGAACGUAAAGCUCCUUUACGAAAUAAGGACUUGACCACAAAACGUGAGAUGGUUGUCCAGUACAUUUCUGCAACUGCUAAAUCUAUAAUUGGAAGCAAAGUUGCGGGAGGAUUGAAAAAUAGCAAGCACGAGUGCACGCUAUCGUCACAAGAAUAUAUCCAUGAAUUACGAUCUGGAAUCACAGAAGAAAAACUUCUUAACUGUCUAGAGUCUCUGAGAGUGUCUCUAACCAGCAAUCCUGUCAGUUGGGUCAACAAUUUUGGACAUGAAGGUCUUGGACUUCUGUUGGAUGUACUGGAAAGGCUUCUGGACAAGAAACAGCAAGAAAGUAUUGACAAGAAGAAUCAACAUAAGCUUAUUCAAUGCCUCAAAGCAUUUAUGAAUAAUAAGUAUGGAUUGCAAAGGAUUCUAGGAGAUGAAAGAAGCCUUUUAUUACUAGCAAGAGCAAUUGAUCCAAAGCAAGCAAGCAUGAUGACGGAAACAGUAAAAAUACUUUCUGCCAUUUGUAUUGUUGGAGAGGAAAAUAUUUUGGACAAACUGUUAGGCGCUAUAACGACUGCAGCUGAGAGAGAUAACAGAGAACGGUUUUCUCCAAUUGUGGAAGGAUUGCAGAAUCAUGAAGCUUUGCAAUUGCAGGUGGCCUGCAUGCAGUUUAUAAAUGCCCUUGUCACUUCUCCAGAAGAUCUUGAUUUUAGGAUACACUUGAGAAAUGAAUUCCUGCGCUGUGGACUGAAGAAAAUAUUGCCAGACCUAAAAGAAAAAGAAAAUGAAGAACUUGAUAUUCAGCUGAAAGUGUUUGAUGAAAACAAAGAAGAAGACUCAAUUGAAUUGUCACAUCGUCUCAAUGACAUCAAAGCUGAAAUGGAUGACAUGAAUGAAGUAUACCAUCUGCUGUAUAACAUGCUAAAGGAUACUGCUUCAGAAAACUAUUUCCUCUCAAUUUUGCAACACUUACUACUUGUCAGGAACGAUUAUUAUGUCCGAACUCAGUAUUACAAGAUAAUUGAAGAAUGCAUUUCACAGAUAGUACUACACUGCAGUGGCAUGGACCCAGAUUUUAAAUGUAGAGGAAGAUUGGAUGUAGACUUGACUCAACUUGUUGAUUCAUGUGUGGACAAAGCAAAAGUAGAAGAAAGUGAACAAAAAGCAGCAGAAUUUUCCAAAAAGUUUGAUGAAGAAUUCACAGCUCGACAGGAGGCACAGUCUGAACUUCAGAAACGAGAGGAGAAAAUCAAAGAGCUUGAAACAGAAAUUCAGCAGCUACGAACCCAGGGUCCACUACUUACAACUGGUCAGCCUACAUCAGGGGCUCCUCCUCCCCCACCGCCCCCGCCGCCACCACCACCACCUCUUCCAGGUUGUGUGGCUCCAUCACUUCCCUUACACUCUGGACUCAUACCCCCACCUCCACCUCCUCUGCCUGGAGGAAGUGUACCUCCACCACCGCCUCUGUUUGGUGGACCUCCACUACCACCACCUCUCGGGGGCAUACCUCCUCCUCCUCCAGGAGCUCCUGCAUCACUGCCUUAUGGAAUGAAGGAAAAGAAAAAGUAUAAACCUGAGGUGUCUAUGAAGAGAAUCAACUGGUCAAAGAUUGAACCCCCGGACAUACUGGAAAACUGUUUUUGGAUAAAAGUUAGAGAGGAUAAAUUUGAAAAUCCAGAUCUUUUUGCAAAACUGGCGCUUACCUUUGGUACAAAGAUGAAAGCUAGAAAGGCAGUAGAUGAUACAGAAGAAAAGAAAGUAGUUCUGCCAAAGAAACGAGUUAAAGAAUUAAGAAUCUUGGAUGGAAAAACAGCACAGAAUCUGUCAAUCUUUCUGGGGUCUUUCCGAAUGCCUUAUGAAGAAAUAAAAAAUAGUGUUUUAGAAGUGGAUGAAAAGAAGCUGAGUGAAUCCUUGAUUCAGAAUUUGGUGAAGAAUCUUCCUGAACAGAAGGAACUCAGUGCCUUAGCCCAGUUAAAACAAGAAUAUGAUGAUCUCUGUGAACCAGAACAGUUUGGAGUUGUGAUGAGCUCAGUGAAAAUGUUACGGCCACGCCUCAAUGGCAUCCUUUUCAAGCUGAUGUUUGAAGAACAUGUAAACAACAUUAGACCUGGCAUAAUGGCAGUAACACUAGCCUGUGAGGAGCUGAAGAAGAGUGAGAGCUUUAACAGGUUGCUAGAGCUAGUGUUGUUGGUUGGAAACUACAUGAAUUCAGGCUCAAGAAAUGCUCAGUCGCUGGGUUUUAACAUCAGCUUUCUUUGCAAGAUUAGAGAUACAAAAUCAUCAGAUCAAAAAACAACACUCUUGCAUUUUCUGGCUGACUUCUGUGAAGAGCGUUAUCAGGACAUCUUAAAAUUCCCAGAUGAACUGCAACACGUUGAGAGUGCGAGCAAAGUUUCAGCUCAGAGUCUCAAGAGUAACCUUGAUUCAAUGGAACUACAGAUCCAGCGCCUUGAAAAUGACAUCAAGAUGUUUCCCAAAACAGAAGACACACAUGAUAAAUUUGUGGAAAAGAUGACCAGCUUUGCUCAGAGUGCCCGAGACCAGUAUGAAAAGUUGUCCAACAUGCACAAUAACAUGACCAAGUUAUAUGAGAAUUUGGGAGAGUACUUUACCUUUGAUCCCAAAGCAAUAUCUAUAGAAGAAUUUUUUGGUGAUCUAAGCAACUUCCGAAAUAUGUUCUUGGAGGCACUGAAGGAAAACAACAAGAGAAGAGAAAUGGAGGAGAAGACCAAGAGAGCCAAGCUGGCCAAAGAGAAAGCUGAACGAGAGAAACUGGAGCGGCAGCAAAAGAAGAAGCAGCUGAUUGACAUGAACAAAGAGGGUGAUGAGACAGGAGUGAUGGAUAAUCUGCUUGAGGCCCUACAGUCAGGGGAAGCCUUCAGGGAUCGCAGGAAACGAACACCAAGAAAUCAGGGUAUUGGCUUUGAAGUGACUCAAGGAAGAGUGGAAUAAAUACACAUACUAUUACACACACAAUUUUUUCAACCAGAUGAAAUAUAUAAAUUGAUCCUACUUUGAAUCUACCUCUUACUAAAGUGUAUGGCAACCUGUAUUGCUUUUUUGUAAUUUUCCAGUUUUAAAGCAAAAGGGGUAUUUUAAUAAAUCAGAUUGUUUAAAAUUACUUCUUUACACACAAGGCAAAACUGAGCUCUUAUGAGUCAGAUCCAUGCAGAGGGUUUGGAAGAGUGGUUUUGGUGGGUAGCACAUCUUACCACGCUGUAAAAGAGCAAAGUGAGCCUAUCAUCUAGUCCUCCAAUUAUGUGUGUUCCUGUAGUUAGAUCCAUGAAGAUAAACAUCUUGGGACUUAAGUUUACAUCCAUAUGCAAUAUAUAACUCUUGGGACUAUGUGAGUCCAAAAAUGCAUUUUAUCUCAAAGGAAGAAGUAGCCAGAAAUAUUGCCAUUUUUUUCACAUCCUGUCCUUGGCUGCCACAUAGGGCAGGAUUUUUCCUGUAGACUUCAAACACCCCUAAUCUUCCCUGUCCAAUUCCACUCUGAACUAUCUAUGCAAAACCUUUCAUUGUCAUUUUAUUCUCAGCGUAGUCUCCGUGCAGCUGAGUUAAUAAGGCACACUGUGCCACUCUCUCCUAUCCAGUAGUAGUAAAAGUGAUGGAAUAUAAUUUUGAUGUAUUAUUGUAUAUCAUUUGUCAUAUACCGGAUCUAAAAAAAAGUGUGAAAUAUUUGGUGUACAUGUUGUUUCCAAUCUGUGCUACAUUUUCAAAAUUGUCCUUCCAUCUGAGUAAUAUUUCUGGUCUCUCAGUUAAAAGAAAUAAUAUGAGCAUGCCUGAGUAAUUAAUUUGUUGUUUUCUGUUGUCUGUGCUCUGAAAGCUUAUAAAUACAAUGUAGUGCAAGUCUGCAGUAAACUUGGUCAGAGUAGGCAAUCUUAAUGUCUGCCAGAUUAUUUAUUUAUUUUGUUUGUUUGCUAAUGUUGGCUUUUCUUUCAUCUGUGAUAGGUGUAAGAAGUAGAUGUAGAAAUAUUGUAUUAUUCUUGUGUCACUGGUGAAAAUUAAUAUAUUAAAUCCUCCCACUAACUAAAGUUGUUGAACAACCAGUGGAUCAUUCAUUUUACCUUUUAUUGAAUCCUCUGUCUCACAGCCUGGCUACAUAAUUUUCUAAUGGCACAGUAGUGGGUGCUUUAAGUUAAGUUGAGGAUCCAUUCCAAAUUCCUUUGAUCAGUAUCUCAGAACUUCCCCCAAAAUGUUUGCUUGUGGCUGAAAUUCAUGUUGCUUCAUUGUUCUUUCUUUCCUAGAAAGUCUGUGUGUCAGAUAUGGAGCAAACAUAUAAUAAUGUUAUGAAUUGUGCUAUGUAAUCGUUUCAUGAGUGUGGUCUGUAACCUGGUCAAUAAGGUCAAGCUGCUGAAUAUUGGGAAUAGUAGAAUGUUUAUUUGAUACGUAUAUUGACUGAAUUCAAUUGGUUGUGUGUAUAAGGUGACAAAAUAGCUUUUCAGAUAAGAAUAUUGAAGAAUAUGCUUAUAGAAUCAUAAAAAUGAUUAGCUUCAGCAAUGCUGUCUUCACUCUAAUAAAUUACAAGAGUGAUUUUGGCAAAGCUAGGCAUCUGGAAAUGGAAAGAAUGCUCAAUUGUUAAAAGCCUUCUCAGAGGUGGAAGGAGUGGAGUGGGGUGGGGAGGUCACUUGUCAGAAACUGCCUAGGGAGAUAGGCUAACACAAAGAGAUAUUUAAAAAGAAAAGGAAUAGUCCUGCAGUUCCUUAGAGACUAACAACAAAUGUAGAUGGUAUCGUGAGCUUUCAGGGACACAAAGAAGUAGAGGGUUGUCCCUACAAAAGCUCAUAAGGUGCUGUUAGACUAUUUGUUGUUUUUUUAAGUUUUUUCUAUUACAGACUCAGACAGGUAUCUCUCUGAAACAAAGAGAAACUGUAUGGAGAGUGUCUAAUAAUUUGGGUUAUCCCAGAGCCAUGGAAUAGUAAACCUGAAGGAAAAGCUAGAUAUGCAUGUCAGCUGCUAUUGCUUUGAAGUUGUUUUCUCUGAAACACUUUUGUUCCAGAUAAAUAAUGCUUUGCUUCGAGGAGGCUAUGUGGCUGUGGGUGGUUCUUUGGGUAGUCCCCAUGGGUGCUCCACGUCUGGUGUCAGGCUGGUCCCGGCGCCGCAAAUCGGAGUUUUCCAGAGCUGUAUUCAGCUGGACCGCGCGCACGAGCCGGUUUCACACCUUUCAUCUGCCGCGUGCAGUCCAGCGCCCGUCAGUUUCCUCUCAUCCGCCUUGGGUCGCACACGGAGCUCCUCCUGUCUCCUCAGGCAGCUACCUGAGGGGAAGUUUAGAACCAUUUAAUUAUUAUUUCUUUGAUUAUCCCGUUUCUUGUUUAGCCCUUAGUCGUGGGCUCUUUGUUUAAAAAAAAAAUAGAGAGAACCUGAAACAUCUAACAGACGGAGGGAAGAGAGACGUUUCCUCUCAGUUUGAGUUUACACUGUUUUGUUUCAUUACUGUUGCGGUUUAACUUAGUAGUUUAAAAAAAAAAC